AUGAGGAAGCCGAAAGCGGCAGCUUUGUUGACUCGGGGAACAAUCCGUCCGGGGAAGCGGCAGGGAGCAGUCGGAGAAACUCGGGACCACGGAAGAUUCGUUCUUCUCAACGGCGCUCAAGACUCUUAUUUCAGUUUCAACUGUGAUUCUCCUCGGGCUCAUCGUUGCCUACCAUGGCCUGGAGGUGCAGCAACCGUCGCCAACCACGCGGUGCUUGCUGCGCAGCUCUUCAUGAUCGACAACUGCGCGGACGACUGGCGGAUCGCCAUGACGUGGCAGCGCAUCACGCAGAUCGGGGUGGAGCUGGCCAUCUGCGCGGUGCACCCGAUUCCGGGCGACUACAAGUUCGAGUGGACGACGCGGCUGGCGAACCAGGGCGGCAGCAUGGGGCGGGUGACGGUGCCGUACGACGUGGCGCUGUCGCUGCCCAUGUUCCUGCGCCUCUACCUCAUCUGCCGCGUGAUGCUGCUGCACAGCAAGCUGUUCACGGACGCGUCGUCGCGCAGCAUCGGCGCCCUCAACCGCAUCAACUUCAACACCCGCUUCGUGCUGAAGACGCUCAUGACCAUCUGCCCCGGCACCGUGCUGCUCGUCUUCAUGGUGUCGCUGUGGAUCAUCGCCUCGUGGACGCUCCGCCAGUGCGAGAGAGCGAUCCCAAUAGUGUGCUGUCAAGUUAUGCUCAGUCAUUCUGAUUUAGCAAGCUCAUUGCACAUCCAUCAUACACAUGUUGCUGUUGCUGCUACUAAAACUGCUGCUGCUAUUGCCGCCUCAGCUGCUAGUGCUGCUGUUGCUAAUGCCCUUGCUAUUGCUCUUAUUGCUGCCCUUGUCUUAGUUCCUUCAAGUCUGGAACUCUCUUUCUCCAGCAUUGCUGCUCUCUGUUGGUACCACGACGAAGAACAUGCCAACUUGCUAAACUCGAUGUGGUUGAUCGCCAUAACUUUCCUGUGCGUAGGGUACGGGGACAUAGUCCCCAACACUUACUGUGGCCGCGGUAUCACGCUCACAUGCGGCAUGAUGAGUGAGUUAUCAGCAAAAUGGUGGCGAAAUUUUCACUACUGGAAAUCUCCUUUAUGGACUGUCUUCCAAACAAGAAGUGGAUCAACAGCACCAUUCAUGAACAGGUUGAAUGAUGAAGAACAUGCAAACCUGCUAAACGCCUUGUGGCUGAUAGCCAUAACUUUCCUGAGUGUUGGCUUUGGUGAUAUUGUGCCUAAUACAUACUGUGGUCGCGGCAUUGCUGUGUUCACUGGGAUGAUGAGGACUUGCCCUUCUCCCACCACCAGGUUUCAUGACGAAGAGCACGCCAACCUGCUUAAUGCAAUGUGGCUUAUUGCCAUCACAUUCCUGAGCGUGGGCUUUGGUGAUAUCGUGCCUAACACUUACUGCGGUCGCGGCAUUGCUGUAACUACGGGUGUAAUGGGAGCUGGUUGUACAGCUCUCCUGGUGGCUGUUGUCUCACGUAAGCUUGAACUUACACGGGCUGAAAAGCAUGUGCACAACUUCAUGAUGGAUACACAGCUUACAAAGCGGUUGAAGAAUGCUGCAGCAAAUGUUUUACGUGAGACAUGGCUCAUAUAUAAGCACACACGACUUGUGAAACGUGUGAAUCCAGGAAGAGUGCGCACACAUCAGCGGAAGUUUCUCCUUGCCAUCUAUGCCUUGCGAAAAGUUAAAAUGGACCAACGAAAGUUGAUGGACAACGCAAACACUAUAACUGACAUGGCAAAGACUCAAAACACUGUGUAUGAAAUAGUGUCAGAUAUGAGUAGUCGACAGGACACGCUUGAAGAGCGGCUUUCAAGUUUAGAAGACAAAUUAACUGCAGUGCAAGAGCAAUUGGAAACACUCCCUGAUGUGAUUACACGAUGUUUACAGCAACAUGCAGAACGAGCUGACCAGAGACGGAACUUCCUUCAUCCUGAGUCAGCAGCAAUGAUGUUGCCACCGCCAGUUACUCCUUUACCUAUCACCUCAUCUGUUGUAUCAACAACUAGCAGCACACCUCAUCCCCUCUUGUUGGGUGCUACUGGGACACAGCUUAUUAUUCCCCAUUCACGAUCUGUGCCCAAUCCUUGGCCCCCAAGUCCUAUCCUUCCACCCAUCAGCAGCAGAACACCACACCUAGUACCUGAAACACGGCCCAUCACGACCAACAACACUGUCACCACAACAUCCAGCUGAAGAAGUUAAAAGUGCUUUGGAAAACAGUGAUGUGUUUUUUUAAAAAUGAAUUAAUAAUAGCAAGCUGCUCUUGUGUAGUACAGUGGCCAAUUACCUUUCUUUUUACAGUGCUCCUUGAGUUGAUUUCUUAAAAAUUGAAUGGAUGAAUGAAAGAUCGAAUGAACUGUCAUGCAUGAACUGUUUGACAAGUUUAAUUGAUAUUUUUUACAUUAAAAUAUACAUGUUAUUUCCAAUGUUUUAAGGGUCAGUAUUUUUUUACUGCACUUAAUGGUAUAUAACAAUAAUCUUGUUACCAUUGCUCUAGAAAUACACAAAUAACUGUAAAUUUAACUUUUUUAAGUUUCAGUCGUUUUUACUUACAGAUUCUUUACUCAUUUUCUUCAGACCUUUCGUGUGAUCUCCUAUUAAAAUGUUUAUGUGAAAUAUUAUUUCAUAAUAUUAUAGUGUUUUGUGUUUUUCUAAUUAUUCAACAUUUUGCAAUACUUUAUACUCUUUCAAAAUUACACAUUUUGAACUGCUGCCAAAAAGUGCCAAUAACUUUAAUUUUGGAUAACUGAAAAGUUUUCAUUUUCUUCAUAUUUAUUCUUCUUUAGUGCUUUGUAAUAUUCUGUGUUUGAAUUUGUAUUGUGGAAUGUUACUAUUGUUUCUAUAGUAUAACUUUCUUGUUUUAUAUUUAUUUCAUACUUGUCACAGUUAUUAUUUUUCUUGUUUUAUUGUGAUCUGACAAUGUGAUAAAAAUAUUAUAUUUUCAUUAACAAUGUGUGCAAAGAAAGUAACUUGCUAUUUUUAAUGCAACUGUGAGGCUGUGGUGUUAUUUCAUCUUCAUCAAUAGUUUUUUCAUGGAGGCCUUGGUUGCAAAACUCUUUAAAUGAACUGUGUUUUAAAAAUUAAAGUGAUGGCUGGUCUGGUGGUCUUCUUUAGUGUUAUCAAGUUCAGCCUCUCAACCGUAGGUUCUUGUUAAAUCUUAGUGGUUGCCGUCCACCAUUCAAGCGACGACCAAAGAAGAUGACAAGUAGAUUAGAAUUUGCAAUUCUCUUUUGCCUUCUAACUCAAUGAUACAGACUUCAUUAGUGGAGCAAAACAGUGCAAAUGUAAAUUCUUAUAUCACAACUGAGUUCUGAUCAGUUAAUUUUGAGCACUCUGUCAUCCAAGACAGACAUUUAGCAAACUGGAUACUACUAUCCAUUAUUUGCUCCUCUCCUGAUAUAUUUCUACAAUAAAUUAGAAAAGGCUGAUGUUUCUAUUUUAGGUCAGGAAAAAUGGGAAUGCAUCAAGAACUUUAUAUUUGGGGCUGGAAAUGUGCUGCAGUAAUAAUAAUUAAAAUAACAACAGAACAUUUGAAAUACGUGAAAUUAAUAAAUAUGUUACAGUACAUUUA